AUGGAGGGCAAUAUUCUCUCUGUAUGUCUGAACGUAGCCGAUAUGCCAUUUGUUUAUGCGUACGACAUAUCGAAGGUACAAAUCAUUUUGUUCUACUUGCCCGUCAACAUAAACCUUUUUUUGCAGAUUUCGGCGAAGGGUGAUCCUGACUGUCGCGUCAAACUGUCGCUGAAGCAUGACAUUCAUUUCGUCGACUUCAAAUGGAGUCCUGUGAGUACAACGGUCUUUGCGGCAGUAAUGAGCGAUGGUUCAGCGUACGUCGUAGAUCUGGGAGGUGACAAAGGUCCCAAUGUUCAUGGAUCCGGCUCGAAGCUAACUGAUGCCACUUGUUUGUCAGAUAUCUACUGGAGUUCGACGCAUCAGUUUUUUGUCCUCUACGCUGCAGCGAACGGAUCUAAAUCCGUUUUUUUGUUGGCCACUACUACUAAAGAAGGACACAUUUAUUUUCAGUCCAUAAAUUGUUUGAGCGUUGAUGGUGGCUGUGAAGCAAUUUCGCGCCAUUAUUUUUUUCGUCUGGAAGACUGGUAUUCUUUGUUGUGUUUGUCUACUUCCUCGUCAGAAUGUGGAGUUCUUUAUUGGAUGCCGAAAGAAGGACGAUGGAAUCACUGUGCAUCAGAACCAGACAAAAGAAAGUUAUUACCACGCGCUGACAACGGACCAAGCGCUUAUCCUAUUGGAUUCGACAUCCAGAAAAAUUUGAAGCAAAAUUUGACAACCGGUGAUUUGGAAUUGCCGGUGAUUUAUGUUCUCGGUUCUGAUGGUUUUGUUCAUACGUUUCGUAUGGCUCCGCCAUUGGGCUCGGUUAAUGCUGCAGUUCCAAUGACCCCAGUUUGCAUUUCUGACGAAGCACGUAAAGAGGAACCGUCGCAGAGCGGAAUGAAUGAUCAAGCACCAUCGACUUAUGCGCCACCGGCUCCAACAUCACCUGCUCAGACAAUAUCGGCUCAGACAGUGCCGACUCAGGCACUACCGGAUAAGGCACUCCUGGUUCAGUCUGGGCAGAACCGUAGCCAGAAAGACGUCGAAACCUGUCAUGUGACAGCCAAUGUUACUCUGCUUUCAUUGCUGAUUAAGGCGCGAGGUCUUGUCAAAGAAAUUAACUCGUUAAACGGCUAUCCAUUCGAGCUACCGCCGUUGCUGCAAGAUGGAACGCUCCAGAAGUUGGCGGAUGAUUUCCGUGCAACCGCGACAUCGGUGGAAAAACUUCAGCAAGAUUUCGCCAAGAUGCAAGAGAGCACUGGCAACAUGCGCAGAUCGUCCCUCGAUUCAUUGUUGUGGAUUCUGAAGCUAAACGCAACGUCCAAUGAGUCUAACAGAAGUCGUAUGUUGGAUUUGCAUCGUUUGCGACCUCUCACACCUCAGAUGGAGGCGACAAUGGCGGAACUACGAAACUCUUUUUGCGAAACCGAGAAGAAACUGAAUUUAAUGCAAAAGCACUGUGCAGAAUUAAAAUGCUGUGGCUCCAGUUCCAGAAAUGCGCAAAAUCUGUUGAGCUCCAUUUACAACUGCAUGAUCAAAGUCGAAUCAUCGUUGAAAACUGAGGAACGCCGAGUUCAGCAUAUAUCGGACAGAGUGGAAAGUGCUGAACGAAAAUGCAGUAAAGCCGGUGUGAUAAACAACAACGGGUCAGGCAUUGACAUUCAUAGAACGGAACACGAUAUACAAACUACGCUUCCAAAAUCAUCGCCAUUAGACCAGCAGACACGAAUCGCUGAAGUCGUUUUCAAGACUUCUGAAAUGGCCGUAACAGCAGAACCAGUGUCCGUUGCUAGCUAUCCGCCUGUUGUCGACAAUUCGAUGGCACCAAUUUCUGCUUCUAGUGCUUAUAACGUGGGUGCUGCUCAAGCGCCACUGCCAGCGUCGCGAAAAGAGCCAGUCUGCGGCGUCGUCACGCUUCCCGGUUCCGGGGAGUCCUGCGCUGUUGUCACCAGCGAUCGCGUUGCGAGGGCACAUGCUGAGAAUUUGAAAAAAAACACACUUCCGGCUACGGCUACGUUUCAGUUGAGAGCACCAGAGCCGCAACAAAGUGUUACUAAUCCUGUGACCUCGGCGAGCGUUCAAAAAUCAGUUGAACAAUCUGUCACCACCACUGUCCGCAAAAAAGAAGCGAAUGUUCAGGCGGUGAUUACGCUCGUUUUGAAGAGUUGUCAGUGCGUGCAGAGUACACUGCGAAAACCGAUACCAGUGGCAGCUCUGAAAUCGCCAACGCCGAUUGUGGCGAAGGAAGAUAAUGCUGUCAACCUUUCUGUUUUUGCUGCGGCUACCGUCGGUACAGGGGCCGUUCAUGACGGUGACGCUGCUGCCAAAGUUCAACAGGCGCUGGCUGCUCCUGGUUUGCAAGACGUCGAAGCUGAUGUGCGUAUGGAAGAAGAUGCUUCCGAGACGAAGGCUGCCAACCUUUUGGCGUCUUUCUCGUUCGCGGCGCCGAAAAUAUCUCUCACUAACUCCGCAUCUACUCCUGUUUCGUCUCCGUUCGCUGUCGGUACUCUUGCCAGCGGAGCUGGUAAUGGUGCGUCGUCGUUUUCUCUCUUCGGCAAGAACAUGUGCGGCGGCUUUCCGGUGAUCUCUGCGCCGAGCAGCGCUCAAUUGUCUUCGACAUCUCUUUUUGACGGCAAAAAGCAGCUACCGACGUUCUCGUUCGCAUCAAACACCGCUUCUGUCAACCCAGGUGUUAAGCCACAGGGCUUUGGCACGUUUUCGUCAUUUGGGCAGUUCGGCGCUACACAGCAACAGGGCAAUGUCGGCGGCUUCCAAGGAACGGGUGGCUUUGGAUCAAGUGCUAGCCCUGCUUUUGGAUCUAAUCCGGUGUUUGGCGGUCCUGCUAUGUUUGGUCCUGGACUUGCUUCAACGACUAGUGUUUUUGGUGGAAAGGGUCCAUGUAUCCCUACUUCAGUGGCUCCGAGUGCAUUCAACGCGUAA